AUGGAUGAUCUUGGAGACUUUCUGGCGCCGCCUCCACAUCCAUCACUCCACCCCUUCCAUCUUGCUUAUUAUCAUGCAUAUGUGAAUUUUAUGAAUAUCCAAGAAGAUAAAACAACGGUUAAAACGAUUGGCGAUGAGCCAUUGGUCAGAAGUCCAAUGCGAUCAGUCAAGGAGAAUAGAAGUGGAAUUGGAAUGAAGCGAAUUCACUUCUUUAUCAGCACCGUUGUAUAUGAAAACAACAGAUCACUACCAUCAGUCAAUGUUACAGAGAAUAGAACGCUUGAAUUCUAUGAGACCAAUUUAUUAUUUUGCAUCUUUUAG